AUGUCUGCAGGCUCACAGGUCUACUUGCGGAGAGAACUGGUCUGCCAGGGUGACACUAUCAAGCUUCGUUAUGGAGAGAAACCAGAGGACAGUCCUUACCUAUGGGCCCAUAUGAAGACAUACACAGAGAUUACAGCCAGAGUCUUCUCAGGUCUAUGCCUGGUCAACUGUCUGUCCACCCCUCUGCAUGUUUCUGAGGCGAUGCUUUCAGCAGCCAGAUCCAUCAAGCCUAACCUAUAUGUGAUAGCUGAUAUCUCUACCAGCAGUCAGCAUAUAGAAAAUGUCCAUGUAACACGCCUGGGAAUCACAAGUUUGGUGCGAGAUGAUGUAGGCUCCUCAGAGAGGCAGGAGGAUUGGGGUUAUCAGUCCUUGUUUGGCAAGGAGCCAGUAGGUGCCUUCUGCCAGCCCAGCCAUCGGCCUCUGAUCCCAGCUGUUACUCAUACAAUGUUAAUGGACAGAAGCCACAACCAUCACAGCCCCAUCCAGAUUAUUAAUAUUAUUAUUAUUAUUGUACAGCUCUCCACAAUGAAGGAGAAUCAACAGUACACAUGCUGGAACUCUGAGGCCCAUACAUCUAGCCAGGUCAACCUGCAGACUGGAAUGCUUGCUGUAAAGCUGGCACUGAACAGGCUUCACCACAAGCUGGCUGCUGAGGGCUUUUCUCAGGUGUAUGUGGAACAGCUUGAUGAGUGCGUAGUUGCAGUAACCAGACACUGUCCCAGCAGCCACCAGUCUGUGGUGGCUGUGCUGCGAAGGGCGAUCAAGAAUCCAGAAACACACUAUUAUACAAAUGAUGUUCCACCCAUGUUAAUACCAGGUCGGAUUAAAGAGGUGGUAGUGGAGGCUCGGACCAUUGUGAACCGCACCAACUCCAACAAAAAAGAUGACAACAUGAGUGCUCUGCCAAACUGCACUAUAGACAUCAAAGAACACAUCCAGCUGAAUGACAGUAAGUUGGUGAAAAAGGCUGACAUGGUCUCAAAACACAACAGUGUUCUUCAGGAGGUAGCCUUUGAGAAGUUUACACCAGGCAGCAUCAUCAUCUUCAGGGUGACUCUGGAGCCUAGGUCCCAUGAGAAGUUGGGGGCCCUGAGAAGCCACCUGAUCCAAUUUAGUCCUCAGUACCAGACCGGCUCUCUGGCUGACAACAGUACACCAUCUAUUCUAACCAAGCCAUUAAUGAUUAUCAUGUCCAAGCUGACCCUGGCUGACAUGAAUGUGCUCCUGUACCACUGUGAUGCCGAGGAAAGAGAGGAUGGGAGAGGAUGCUACAACAUUCCUUCAUGGUUACCUCUCAACUAUGGGGGCUUGCAAGGGCUGAUGUCAGUGUUGGCAGAGAUUCGUCCUAAGAAUGAUCUUGGUCAUCCGCUCUGUGAUAACCUGAGGCAGGGAGACUGGAUGAUGGACUAUGUCUCCAAUAGACUUCUGGCCAAGGAGGGAGCUUUGGGAGAGGUGGGCCACUGGUUCCAGGCCAUGUUUGGCUACUUGAAGCACAUCCCCCGCUACCUUGUGCCUUGUUACUUCGACUCCAUUAUUCAGGGCGCCUACAACACCGCUUUAGAGGCUGUUUUCAAACGCAUGUCAAGCUUUGUGCAGAAUGGUUCAAGCCUAGUUAAACAACUGGCGCUGGGUUCGGUGCAGAUGUGUGGUGUGGAUCACAGUUGGGCUAUGCCCACAAUCUCUCCUCAUCUUAAGGAUGUCCAAUCUUCCUUUAAUGAAGUGACUAAGGAGGAACAGUGCUUUGUGUCACUUGCAGCAGGUCUUCCUCACUUUUGUGCUGGGGUAUUCCGUUGUUGGGGCCGUGACACCUUUAUUUCCCUGCGAGGCCUGCUGUUGCUGACUGGCAGAUACCUGGAAGCUCGGAACAUCAUCCUAGCAUUUGGAGGUACACUGCAUCACGGCCUGAUCCCCAACCUGCUUGGCAGUGGCACUAAUGUGCGCUACAACUGUAGGGAUUCUGUUUGGUGGUGGCUGCAGUGUAUCCAGGAGUACUGCACACUAGUACCAGACGGUGUCUCCAUCCUCAAGUGUCCUGUCAAAAGGAUGUACCCCAACAUAUCUGAGCAAAAGCCAUAUGGAGCUGGGGAACAACCAUUGUAUGAUGUUAUCCAGGAGGUCAUGCAGAGACAUAUGCAUGGUAUUCAGUUCAGAGAGACCAACGCUGGGCCACAGUUGGACAGCAAUAUGACUGAUGAAGGUUUUAAUGUAGAGGCUGCAGUGGACCAGACCACUGGCUUCAUCUCUGGAGGAAAUCGCUUCAAUUGUGGAACUUGGAUGGACAAGAUGGGCGAGAGUGAGAGGGCACACAACAAGGGAAUACCUGCUACACCAAGGGAUGGCUCUGCAGUGGAGAUAGUGGGCCUGUGUAAAUCUACUGUUCGAUGGAUUGUGAAACUGCACAACAAUGGGCACUUCCCCUAUGCAGCAGUCAACAUAUGCAGAGGAGGACAGACAUAUUCUGAGUCAUAUGCGAAGUGGGAUCUUAAGAUCCAGGAGAACUUUGAGAAGAAGUUCUAUAUUCCCCAUGAUCCAAAGGACUAUGAGGGGAAACAACCUGAGCUGGUUCACAAAAGAGGCAUCUACAAGGACAGUUUUGGGUCUUCAAGUCCCUGGUGUGACUACCAACUCCGCACUAACUUCCCUAUUGCCAUGGUGGUGGCUCCUGAGCUGUUCACUGUGGAGAAGGCCUGGGAGGCUCUGGGUAUAGCUGAGAGGAAGCUGCUGGGGCCUUUGGGAAUGAAGACCCUGGACCCUGAGUGA